ACAGUGUUUGAUCAUACAGAAAUGGAGAAAUCAGUUUCCAAGAUACAACAGAGCAUCCUCGCCUCAGUGGUUGAGAUCAUAGAAAGAAGCUGUGAGUGUGAAGAGCAGGCUCUUCACGUGCAGACGACCCGUUGCUCCGACAUCACCUCCUUCACAAGAUACAUGCAGGUGCUAGAGCAUUACAAACGCAACUGCUUCGACUGGACUGAGCCAAAGUAUUGGAUGGCUCAGGAGUAUUUACAUCUGUUUGCCAACUUGUGUGAGGAAGGGAUUCCUCUGGAGCGUAUCAAGAAAGCCAUUGAGGAUGUCGGAGAAACUCUGAAGGAAGAACGGCACCAAGAAGUGACAGUCUGUGAACAAUCAUCAAAUCAGUCUCAAAUGUCACUGUGACCCUGUGCGAAAGUGG